AUAGUUCCAUAAAAAUAUCUACUUCUGGCUGCCACUGGAACCUGCGGUGACAGCAGCCAUGGGGGCUCACCUGGCCCAGAGAUACCUGGGCGAUGCAUCGGUGGAGCCCGAUCCCCUGCGGAUGCCCACCUUCCCGCCCGACUACGGCUUCCCCGAGCGCAAGGAACACGAGAUGGUGGCCACUCAGCAGGAGAUGAAUGACGCCCAGCUGGUGCUCCAGCAACGAGACUACUGUGCCCACUACCUCAUCCGGUUUCUCAAGUGCAAGCGCGACAACUUCCCCAACUUCCUGGCCUGCAAGCACGAGCAGCACGACUGGGACUACUGCGAGCACCUCGAGUGAGCCCCCAGCCCGCCCCACAUCCCCACGC